UUGAGUGGAAAAAAUCAUAUCGUUUUUUCCAUAUUCAUUGUAUCCAAAGUCAUAGAAAUGGCCACCAUUUCCUUCAACCCCAGAGUGAAUCUCCAAAUUGGUAAGGAAAGUCACCAACAUGGCCCUGUAAUUGAAGAGAUUGAAGGGCUUAUCAAAGUCUACAAAGAUGGCCAUGUUGAGCGACUUCCGAUUGUCCCUAAUGUCUCAUGCACAGUUGCUCCGGAGCUUGGUCUGACAUGUAGGGAUGUUCUCAUCGACAAAUUCACAAACAUGUGGGCACGUUUUUAUGUGCCUAGCAGAUUUCAAGGGAAGCUACCUUUACUGGUUUACUUCCAUGGCGGAGGAUUUUGUGUUGGCUCAGCUUCUUGGAUCUGUUACCAUGAAUUCCUUUCUAAAUUGGCUUCCAAAGCUGGUUGUGUGAUCAUGUCUGUGAACUAUCGUUUGGCACCUGAGAAUCGUCUCCCAGCUGCUUAUGAUGAUGGUUAUAACGCCAUCAUGUGGGUGAAGCAAGAAGCUUUUAAUGGGUCUGGUGAGCAAAGGUGGAGGUGGAGUCAAUGCAAUUUCUCAAAUGUGUUCUUAGCUGGUGAUAGUGCAGGUGCUAAUAUAGCCUAUAAUGUGGUCUCAAGACUUGGUUCUCUUGUUUCUACUGAUCAAUGCGCCAGUCCAAAGCCCUUUUCCAUCAAGGGGACAAUUCUGAUCCAGCCCUUUUUCGGCAGCGAGGCGCGCACACAUUCGGAGAGGUUCAUGGCGCAACCGCCGACUUCGGCGUUAACUUUGACGGCUUCCGAUGUCUAUUGGCGAUUAUCUUUACCUAUUGGUGCCAACCGUGACAACCCUUGGUGUAACCCUUUAGGAGGGAGUGGUUCAACCAAUUUGGAGGCCUUGACACUUCCCCCAACACUGGUGUGUAUCUCAGAGAUGGAUAUAUUAAGGGAUAGGAACUUGGAAUUGUGUACUGCCAUGGCUAGAGCAGGUAAGAGGGUGGAACAAGUGGCCUAUAAGGGUGUUGGCCAUGCAUUUCAGAUUCUAAAUAACUCUCAAGUCUCACAGACUCGAACCCAUGAAAUGAUCUCUCAUAUCAAAGCCUUCGUGAACUAGUGCC